AGAAAAUAAGAUCGCGAUGAUAUACGCGCUAAAAUUUUCAUCCAUCGAUUUCCGCUCACGCAAGAAAAAUCAAGCGUCGAUGUCUUCCGAACUUUCACCGGUGUAUUGUUUAUUAGUAUUUGCGCAAGAUUCGCGAUCGUACUGCCCCCGGCACACUCUAAGCGGCAGCAAGCAGAAUUAUAUUUUCAUCGAGUUUUCUUGCUUUUGAUAACGACGAGCCGUUCAGCGCCAAUUAUUUGACUCGAUGCUCGAUCCUACAGUUUAUAUCGGAUAAACAAAACUCAUAGAGGUCGAAUGAGAAAAUUUCGUCUAGAGAGGCGCAACGAUUAGACGUUGUACUUACGUACACGCGCGUCGACUUACAGAUACAAUCGUACACGCUUAAUAACAAUCGGCCUCUCCUUCUCCUCUCUCCCCUCUCUCUAUUAAACGGACUUCUUCGCUUGGCGCGAGACUCACAUCUACUCGUUCUGAAAAGCUUUAAUUUAAACUUUUCGUUGAAUGAUUAAACAUUUUAGUGGGCUAACAGUUUGAAAUAUGGAACUGUCAGCUUGUCGAAUUAUAAUGGAAUUAAUUUAAUUUCAUUGAUAUUAUAGCUAAGAAAUUGAUCAUUACUGAUAGUGUUAAAUUACUGUAUAAUAAUACGUUACGAGUUGACGCCCUUUGAAUUUGUACCUGCCCUACUCGAGAGCCACGUGAUACGGAUUACUAUGAGACGGGGCAACAACAUAAGCGCGGGACUCUUUUGCCGCCAAUAAUCCGUCGGUUGGCACACCAGCGGCAUUCGCUAUCGUCAUUUCUGUCGCUUUUUCACGUAAACGCGGUCGUGGUGCUCUGUGAAGCUAACUGUCACUGGGACUCUUGUUACUUUGUGCAAAGUGAAAGGUUAAAUUGAAAUGGAGCAAUCAACGAUUAGGUUCAAAUACAAGCGUUUGAACGAUCAAACGUACACUUUAAUAAAGUCGAUUCCCAGGACUUGGCCUAUCUCAAUUUUAAAAGAACAUCUCGCAAGAAUUGAAGCUACACCACAGACCAAAGUGAUCAUCUUUCAUAGAAAUAGAGUACUCUUAGAUGGAGAAGUUGGCGAUUACAUUGAAUCGGAUGCCGAAGUACAGUUGGCAUUUAUCCCGAUUGAUGUAGACAUAUUGUCAACAGAAAUUUAUCAAACGAAGAUUGGUCAAAUGUGGAGCAGCAGAACGGAUUUAUUGAAAGCUAAAAUUCACACCGAACUGGUAAAUAGUAUUUCUGGACACCCGAAAAAAUGCGCUCAUUCAAUAAUCUAUUCUGGUGAAAAUGAGCUUGAUGAAGAUCAAGGACAAAAAAUCCAAUUCACAGUCUUGGGAUCAGAAUUGACCGGUAUGAAAGAAGCCUUGGCUCGCAACUGCCCAGUUCACCUGAAUACGAUAAACGGUGCCAAAUCAGAAAAUUUUACCAAGGGAAUUCACGUAAGAGUUGUGAGGCAAUUCAAGCUCAAUAGCCCGUAUGAAAACGACCGGUGUUAUAAGUAUGAUGGAGUGUACACAGUCUCUGAGUAUAGACCCAGAAAAGAAAAAAGUGGACGUUGUGUAUGGCUAUUCACACUUGAGCGAGAUGAUAAUGCAUCAAAUUCACGGUCAAACGAAAUAUUUAGAAAAAAGAGACUAAUUAAAGAACCCGCUGCUAUUCUUGUAAAUCCAAGCAUCGCAAACGAUGAAAUUUUAUUUUGGAAAUUGGAUAGUAAUAUCGAAGUCGGUCAAAUUUUCCGGUGUAGGCAAAAUUUAACUAACGUUAAAUUAUUGCAACAUCGCGCUAAUGGAAAUUCGUACUCUUUCGUAUGGAACAACGAGAUAGAAACUGGAGGUCCUGUCAACAUUAUACCAUUCACUGUUGUGUCUGCCCAACCCCUGAAUGAUUAUAUCAAAUCUUUAUCAAAAAAAUUCGCUAUGAUGGAUUUUAACAAAGGAUUUAUAACCGAAGAUUUGGCUAGUGCCCCAGACGUCAAAGUCUUCAAAAAAACGAUCUAUCAGGAUAUUUCAUCCAUACGUUACGAUGGCACUUUCAAACUCUACGCAUUCUGGACAGAAGUCAAUAAAAGUGGAUUGAAAAUAUGGCGUUAUUUAUUAAAAAAUGCUACGAUUCCAGUAAUUCCAGUUCCAGUUACUUCCAGUUCCAGUAAAUCAAAAACAGAUAUUCCAAUUGGUACUAUUUGGAAUUCGAGAGCGGAAUUAGCUGCAGCUAAAAUUCAUUGUCACAAUCAAGCAGGAAUCUGCGGAAUAUCAAAACUUUGUGCGUAUUCAAUCGUUUUGUCUGGCGAAUACGAGGGUGACGUUGAUAUUGGACAUAUCAUUAUUUAUGCCGGUUGCGGUGGUAGAGAUAAAAAAACGAAUAAACGAAAUGAAGAUCAAUCUUUCAGUAAAAGGAACGAAGCUCUGGCGAGGAAUUGUCAUGCUAAAUUCGACGUUAAGGGAGCUGUCGCUCAAACCUCGAAAGAAGGAGUUCCAGUUAGAGUAGUAAGAAAAUUCAAGUUACCAAAAAAUAAUCCAUAUAUCCGAGAUGAGUUUUUUAGAUUUGAUGGGAUGUACAAAGUCGUUUCUUACUGGCGUGAAAAAGGAAUCGAUACCUACAAGAUCUGUCGCUUUUUAUUAAAGCGAGAUGACUCUCCUUCUACUUAGUGCUCGAAUAAUAAUGAUGGUGCUGAAUCAUAUCAGAUAAAAGAGAAAUAUCAACGGGCAUCUCUGUCAGUGGGCGCUUUUUUAAAUAUUGAAAUCAGUUUAUUUUCUUACGUUCGCGUGUUAUUAUUUUUUUAAUCUAUAUUUUAUUUUUUUAUUUUAUCAAUUGUUCGUGUUAUGUAUAUUUUUGAUUACGCAAUGAAAUAUCCAAAAAAUCUGCCAUAAUGUACAAAUAUUUGAAAUUUUAUGAAAACCGUUUGGUAAAUAGUUAUGAAACAAUUAUAGCACAAUAAUAGUGUUUUUGACUUUAUAUCAUCAGUUUUAUGUUGAUUUUUUUGUCCACUUUCCAAAAUCCCAUAUUCCUCUUAACAGUGGCAAUAGAUAUAUACACCUCUCAAUUUUUUCGGUCCGGCCAAUGUUCGCCAAAGAUCUCGGUCAGAUAAGUAAGCAGUGAAAUGCCGGUAGCUUUUUUUUCAUUCAUUUUCCCAUCUUUAUCGGGUCCAAGCACUUGUACACACAGAUCUCUAUUUCUCUCUUUCUCUCUCUCUUUAUUUUAAUUCUUACUUCAACUUUGUUACUUUUUUUGUUGCUGCUGAGAGAGCCAUUGGAUCGCCCCGGACACGAUUGAAAAUUUCUCCACGCUUUUAUGACGUACUGCUGCUGCGCGCGAGUACUGCCCUACUAAAACUAAUUAUAAUUACAAAUAUCACGAUUCACCCUCUCUGCAACUUUUGCGUUGCUAACUGUCUUCGCUGCAGCUCGUGGCCUGCAUAUUGUACUCUUCUCGGCCGUCGUGUCGCCCGCCACGAUGACCAAUCGCGACUCUAAGGGUAUAGUAGCAUUGUUGCACCGAGAGACGCGAAAAGGUAUUGUGUGCUCGUAUUAUAUCUGGGCCAAAUUCUAAUGUACAAUAUUUUGUUUUUUGAUUUUCUCGCAAAAAAGUUAAUUUUUUAGGUACGGAGGGGAUAAAAUAAGUUACGAUUAAUGUUAGCUUCGAUGAACGACGUACUCGUGGUAUUAUUCGCAUAAUGUUUAACGAUGCUCUGCGUUGUAAUACACCGUCCGAUGGUGUAAGCAUAC